CAUGAGCAACAUCCGAAAAUCGUUAAUCAUGGAUUAGGUCAGCAAUCAAAAGGAUCUUCAUCUGCAACAAAGGUGCCGCGACGCUCUCCCGAACCAUUCCUUCCUUCUCAGGAAUCAAGAGCAGCUAUGGAUAGAAUCAGCGGAUUACCAGAUGAGUUAUUGUGUCACAUACUCUCUUUUCUCCCAACAAAAUUUGCUUUUACUACAACCCUUCUUUCUAAGCGGUGGACCCCACUCUUCUAUUCACUCCCCGUUCUCCGAUUCGACGAUAAUAAAUUCAAAGACUUUCAAACCUAUGAUCGCUUCUAUAGCUUUCUUAAUAACCUCAUGAUCCAUCCUCUUUCAAUCAACCAGGCUCAUCCCCUCAAAACGUUUCGCUUCAAACAAUGUUAUUACAGCCACCGCCUUAAUCUGUUUUCUCGCAGCAAAGAUAUCCACAACAUCAACACAUGGGUAGAAGUCACAAUACGAAUUCCCCGCGAGAAAGAUAUCCACAUUAUCAACACAUUGCUAGAAGUCGCAAUACAACGUCGUGUUGAGAAGUUUGAUCUCAAGCUGUGUUUCCACACCUUGAAGCCCAUCAUUUUCAUCUCCAAAACACUAACUAUUCUCAAACUUUUGAUGUUAAAAGUUGGAAAUGAUACUUCGUGCGUUAAUCUUCCAUCUCUGAAAUCCCUGAAGUUGAAUCGCGUUAGAUUUGAAAAUUGGAACGAUUACAUAAACUUUCUUUCAUCUUGUCCUAACCUAGAAGAUUUGCGUCUUAAGAGUAUCCAUUGUAGGAAACUUGACAAAAACAAUGCAUCAAAAACAGUAUUUCAAAAAUCCUUGGCCCUUUCUAAGUUGGUUAGAUUGUGUAUCGGGUCUACAGAUGAUUUUUUCAAAGUCAUUUCAAAUUUUUCAAACUUAAUUCAUAUUAAACUAUGGUUAAGCCCUCUUCAUUGUUGGGAUGAUGUGGUAAAACUACUCCGACUUUGCCCCAAGCUUCAAAUUCUUUAUAUUAAAACGUUUUCGAGGACCACAUCGACCAAGGAAUGGACAUGCCCAUUAUCGGUUCUUGAAUGUGUUUCGUAUCAUCUCAAAUCAUGUACUAUUUCAACUUCAAGCUUAACAGAUUGGGCAAAUGAUAUUCGUUAUGUGCAAUAUAUUUUGCGGAAUGCAAGACUUUUACAAGAUAUGACUAUCAACUUUAAUGGGGUCUCUUAUGAAGGAAUGGUUUUGGAAAAAUGUCAGAUUAUAGAAGAAUUAUCUUCUUGUCCAAUGAUAUCACCAGGAUGUAAACUUUCAUUUGAUUUUUUCCGUCGUUCUUUGUAUCGGUAGCGUUUCUCAUUAGUUUCUAUUUAUAAUAUCCCUACGAUCACUUAUAAAUCUUUGUUCAUGUCUUAUCUUCUAUUCUAAUGUGGGGCUUCUAAGACGACUUUUAUUAGAAGGUUGUUAUCGACAACGAUAUAUUUGAGUCAUAGAUAUUAAGAUUAAUAGUGUUUUACCCUCUGUAAUAUAGGUCAUUUAUAUUUGUUAACAGAACCGUUUCAAUAUAUAUUGAUGAUAUGACUUUGUUCGCA